UCUACGGACUCAAGAGUCAGCUGAGACUCAUUGGAAUUUUGGAUUUUCCCCUUCGGUUUGCCAUUGCCAGCAACGAAAUUUUGUAGUGAAAAUGAGUUAUCCUAAAUGGCUUCCAAAAGAUUUACAAGGAUCGUAUCAUCUGUUCACGGAUCUCGACCGAGCUGCCGUCACAUUCAAGUGGCUGACGAAUCGAUAUUUGAACGAAAUCACAUUCGAUGAACCGGAUGUUAACGUGGUGAAACAUCUCACAAAAUUAGCGCUCAGUGCAUUCCAGAAAAGUGAUGAGUUACAAACGAAAGUCACGAAAGCAUAUGUUAAACAGCCUGGAGAUAAGCGAAUCGAUCGCAAUCCAUACAAUCAAUUGGUGGCGCAGAAGGCGAUGAUUAUUCUGGGCAAUUUACAACAAAAACAAUGCCAAUUGGUGUUUAUUAUGCGCAAGCAGGUGAAUGCAUUACUUCAAGUUGCAUUGAAUGCAGAUGGCUUUGUUGAUGAUGCAUUGGUCAUGGCCGCUGCGCACAAUAAGUGCAUCGAAUUUAUGGAGAAAUUUAAUUUCGGUGGCGCCGCACAAAUCUGUAGCAUUUCCUAUACUACCAUUUUUCUGCCACCAUCUCGCAUUGAUGUCAAAGAUAUUCUGCAGGCAGUAACCACGCGUCGCAGUGAGCAAUGCUGUUUGCAAUUAAUCACGAGUCUUCUGGUUACUUGCCAAAUUGAUGGCGGCAGCGAAUCAGAUUCCGACACUUCGAGCAUUGAAGUGUUGAAAGCACUCACAUCGCAUAUGUCAUCUGGCGCAUCGCCAUUGAAUGACGACACUCAACUGUCGGCUGCACAAGAUCCGUCAAUGGCAUUUUUCGAUAAAAUGGCAUCGAUCCAACAGUCGGCGGAAGAUAAUCUGAAAAAUGACGGCAAUAUUGAUCAUCUGGAGAAAAUGGUGUCGACCGAAGAAAAUUACUUUGCAUUCAUUUUGUUGAAAAGCUUGCAAUUAUGUCCGUCUAUUUUUGAAACUCAACCAUCCCAAGAGCAAAUUGUGAAAAAGGUGAAUAAGGCGACGCAAAGUCUUUGGACGCAAACUGGUGCAACAUUGGAGCAUGUGGUUUUAUGGUGGUGCAACACUCCUCUGGCUUGCCAACCAGUUGCUGUAGCUCGACAUUUACGCGAUUGGUUGCUGAAUUUGCAAUAUGACGAAGCACCAGAAACUCUUGUAUCAGUACUACGAUGUUUGGGUGAAACGUUGACGGUUCAUGUGGCAUGCUGUUUAUGGGAUAAACAAUUUAGACUUGCACUUGUUGCAUCCAGUCUUGCUCCAGAUUAUAAUUUUAAGAGUGAGGAAUUCUACACCAAGAAAACACGGUUAGAGGGAACCACGACCACAGGUCGAUUAUGGAGCGAACUACUGUACACACUCACCACAUUUUGUAACAAUUGCGACCAGCAUAGCACGAUUCCGAAUGAACUGCCAAUCGUAGAGCAAAUUGCGGUAUUGCAUCGCCUUGAUCAUUCCAUUCACACAAUGCGCCUGUGGGCUGCUGCGAAAUCGAAGACACUUUGCAUCGAUUGGUGUAUGGAUAUGUUUUUCAAAGUGGUGCACAAUGAUAUCAACCAGUGUUUGGAGCAAAUCAAAUUACUCAGAACACCUGAUCUCGUUGCACCGGAUUUAUUCGAGGUGGAAAUUCAAGUGAAUGUUGCUCUUCGUGCAAAACUGAUCUCUGAAGUCAAAGUGAACAUUUGCAAACUGAAGCUCACUUCCAGCGAGUGCAUAGAAGUUUUGGCGGCAGUUUGUAAGAUGCUCAGUUUGGCCACUCUUAGCUUGUGCUUUCCGAAAUCACAAUUCUGGCAAAGUAACCUCCUUCAAGAGGGCGCUAAUGAUUAUGUUAAUAAAUUUUUAACCGAUGUGUAUUUGCCGGUGGUAAAGGCAACAGAUGUCCUAGAGAUACUCAAUUUAAUCCUACGAAUCAUGUGCGAAGCAUGGCUUGAUCAUAUUUACACGCAAAAAAUUAAAUUCAGUCGAGAAGGUGCUUUGAAUCUGUUGCGUGAUUUCGAAGGUGUUUCCGAAUGGAUAAUAGCAUGCAAAGAUAUUCAACCAGAACAUGUCGAUAUUUUGGCUAAACAUGAGGUGCUUCGAACGUGUGAGGGAGUUGGCAAAAUUUUGCUGCGUAAACCAUUUGAAAUCAUACCGAUGACUGAGCAAUUGCCCUACACACCAAGAGUACAGCCACAAAAACCAAGCGAGCCGGAGGGUGAAACACUACUGCCACCAGAAAUGUUUGUACCAAAUCAAAUUCGAUGGCUGGAACUGCGAGCAAGGAAUAGAAAUCGACUCAAUUCAAUAAUGUGCAUUUGUGCCGGUCGACCGUGCAUAACUUAGAAAUCAGAAGAGAAGAAAAAUUUCUGCUGGUGUCAACAU